AUGGCGCUAUCUAUUUUUGUGCCCAUCGGCUACGUUGCCACGUUAGUGGUGUCGAUGCUAGUGUUUUCUCGCAUCUACCGCCGACGAUCUGCGCUCAACAUGGCAAAGUCAUAUCAACCAUGGUUCCCUGAAGGACACGAAGCAAGAGACAUUUACCAGACAUUGGUGGCUGCAGAUCCACCGGCACCAGAAGCAGUGCUCAAAGCGGCGUUGCUGAACCGAGCUAUGACGGACGUACGCCGCAUCACGCGCAUGCGCGACGACAAGCAGGCACUCGGAACGCUGUUGGAAAAGGGAUCGAUCGGUGAUGAGACCAUGGCAAGAUUUGCAUUGGCUGAAAAGGAGCUCGAAGCCGAAAUCUUGGAUGUCGUGUCGGAAGCCAACACUUUCCGCGAAGGGUGGGGUCAGUUGAUCUUCCCUACUGCCAGCGAGAUGGUUGCUCACCUGAAACACAAGGAGGUGUACUACGAGAUUCAGCGUCAACGUGCUGCGGAAGUCAAGAAGCUCGAAGACGAAGGGAAGCCUGUACCCAAAGCGACGGUGGAGCUGCCACCACUGGUGACACCGUCCGGAACUAAGAUCGAGAUUCAAGGCGGACCGGCUGCGGCGGGUGGACCUGCUGUUGCUGGUGAACCGAUGCCACCCGGUGGAGGACCUGUACCUAACGGACCUAAUGGGCCUGGGAUCAGCUUGCCUAUGACUGGAUCUGGAGCUGACGCGCGAGUGACGUUGCCCAAUGGUCUACAGAUUCACCCAGCCCAAUUGGCUGCUAUCAUGCAAGGACCACUUCCACCCAACCUUGCACCCCAGCAGGCUGCGAUGCUGAUGCAGGCACGUGCGCAGUUGCAGGCAUUGCAAGAACAGGCGAUGGCACAAGCACAGGCUCAAGGACAUGAGCAAGAUGAAGAAACAAAGGCAGUUUCGGGAGCAAGAGAGGAGACACUGUCAGAAGCAAAGAAAGAGACAAAUGCGGCGCCUGCUUCCAAGACAGCGACUGUGGAGGAUGGUGGCGAUGAUGCCUAG